UCCCCAGAGCACAUCUUCCCCGACCGUCCAUGGUGGAUUGUCGCAUGUUGAGCGACUUCCCCUGGAAAGAAAAAAUUAUCGCCAAAUCUGCCUUGUGCAAAGGGCCUUCUCUCUAUCCCGUCUCCGCUUUGUCUCAUGGAGCAACAUCCGGCGCGACGCUCUCGUCUCCGUCUUUGAUGUCCCGCACCACCACCAGCCUCAUUCGAACUUCACCAUAGCCAUGGACGUUGCGGACCCGCCUCACGGGAAUUCGCCCGAAUUUGAAGAUGAGGAUCAUGCGCUCGAUGCGUCUAAUAUCCGGAAUUCAAGAACGCUUCCUGAUGAUCUACCGACCUCCCUCGAUGACCGCCGCUCCGUGCCCGUCUUCCCAUCGGAGACGGAGAUGUACGAUGGUUGGCAAGGUCAAUCACAAUUCCUCACGACACCCAUUGCUGCCAAACCUCUUACCUUCAACCUCACCCUGGACGACCACUCACACGAUGAUGAACAUGACGCGCGAGGUCAAUAUACGCGACGUUAUGCUGAAGAUGAUGCCGCAUCAACGACCACCGCGCGUAUUGAGGAUAGCGAUGCCCGGUUGAUGGAGAUGCUGGCGGCUCAGGCAGCCCAUCGGGAAGUGGAAACGAUCGGGACGGAUGAAGAUGAUAUCGUGGCAGACGAGAAGCUUUCCGAUGAGAAGAAAAGAGAAAUCCUUCAGAAGAGUCUGAAUAUGGCUGCUAGCAAUGGGGAUGUGGAACGUGUGCGGAAAAUCCUGGAAGGAAAGGCGAAGGACUAUGUGGAUGUUAAUAUGCCAGAUGAGGAGGGGACAGUGCCGUUGAUAUAUGCGAGUUGCUUUGGUCAUCUCGAUGUCGUAUCCGCGCUUCUGGACUCGGGCGCUUUUGUUGACAAGCAGGAUCGCAACCAAUGGAGCGCUCUCAUGUGGGCAAUGACGAACCGCCACAAGACUAUUGCGAAGAUUCUUCUCGACCAUGGUGCAUCGCCAGAUAUCAAGUCGUCCUCUGGAGGCACGGCUUUCGAUUUCGCCCAACCGGGAACGGAAAUUUCCGACUACUUACAUGACAAUGGCUACCACUUUGGAUCUACGGCAAUAGAAGAUGACUUUUAUGAUUCUGGUUUCGGGCAGGGCCGAUUCGAAGAGGAGAUUGCCGAGAACGAAAUGAAGCGGCGAAUGAUGAUGGAGGAGAGCGCCAUCAAUCUCGAAGUCGAUCUAUCUAGUCUCGGUCUGGACGAGAAGUUUGAGGCAGUCGACGACGAUCUGGAGGAUGACCAGCAGGAAUUCGUCUGGGACAGAUGUCUGAACGAUCAGAUGUUUGUCUUCCAGGAGAAUGAGCUAGAUAAUAUCCUAGAUAUCAUCAUCACGCAUAUGACACCUCAGCGCUCGCCAUCUCAGAAGCCGGUGCCGGCUAACUUAUUGUUUCUCAGCGCACGUUAUGCUCAUUACCACGCUAGCCCUGAGCUUCUAGCGAAACUGCUGACGUCUGCAACUGAGAGAAUUAACGAUGUCGUUGAGCGGCAUCAGUGGGAUAUGACGAUUCUCGCGUUCUGGAUAUCCAAUGCGACAUUAUUGCUUCAUUAUCUGAAGAAAGACAUGGGCCUGGUAGAGUCUACGGUGCAGUUCCAGUUGCAUCUCGCGGAGCUCAUCAACGAGAUAUUCAUUCUGAUCAUCCGGGACGCUGAGCGGCGGAUGAAUAAAGUCUUGGACCAAGCGAUGCUGGACCAUGAGACGAUACCUGGGUUUGAAGAUGUCCAUUUCCAGAAUGAGUGGAAACUCUUCCGCUCAAAGUCCAAAGCAAAACCGCCUGAGCCAGCCGAGAAGCGUUUCCGGCCUCCGUCUCCGAAACGACGGGCUCAGAUAUCGCCUCGCAACGUCACGUCGUUGCUCUCAUCGACCCUGUUCGUCCUCGACCUCUACGAUGUCCACUCUGUUAUCACCACUCAGAUAUUGUCACAGCUCCUGUAUUGGCUGGGAGCAGAACUCUUCAACCGCAUAAUGACGACGAAAAAGUAUCUCGCGCGAACAAAGGCUAUGCAGAUUCGAAUGAACGUGUCCGCGUUGGAGGACUGGGCCAGGACAAAUAAUCGGCAGCCGGAGCAUUACGAGAAUGGGUCCACGACCUGCACUGGAGAGAGUACCAUCGAGGCAGCUCGAAGGCAUUUGGCACCUGUUAUCCAGCUACUGCAGUGGCUACAAUGUUUCUCCUCUCUGGGGGACGAUUUCGAGUCUCUCGUCACUACCUUGCUCCAGCUCCAGCAGCUGACGCCGGCUCAACUCAUCCAUGCUGUGAAGUGUUAUCGACCGGAGGUCGGAGAGAAGGGCCUCACGAAGUCGGCCAUGAAGUUCCUCAUUGAUCUACAGAAUGACCCAGAGCUUCUCUUUCGAGAACACCAGAAACUGCAAGAAGCGAAACCCGCCUCGAAGUCGGAAACGGACCAGAGUGAUAUCCCUCCAGUGACACCGGUAAAUGAACAACCGUCUAUCCCACUUAACCCCAGCAUCCUCAUGACUCCCGCCGGUAAGGACACCGUUGGUAGUCCUGGAGUCACAUCCCCAGCGGCCUCCUCCAUCAAUGCCUCUCCCCGACCAGGUUCCACCAGAUUCGAAACUGAGCGCAACCUACUCCUCUUGGACCCUUCAUUAACCCUUCCUUUCUCUCUACCCACCAGCACGGAUAUGCUGAUCACCUACGGCGCCGGAUGGGGAGGUACCAACCGCGAGCGCGCCCGCAAAUAUAUCCCGACCGUACCACCAGAGGUGCUGAAUAGGUUUGAUCGCUGAACCGUCUUGGAAGAAGGAGGCGAGAGAAAGGACAAAGUCUUUUCAUACACAUAUUCAUUCUAUAUACCAUGAAGCAGUAAAGUGCACGGGGAAUAGGAUUAGGAGGUAUUGUCUUCGGGCUGACCGCUCUAGCGAGACUAGUGCUGGUAACUAUACUUAUUCAAUAAAUAAAAAGAAAGAUUCAUCAUCUUGAUUUGAUAACGGUAUUAUAUUUGUUUAGAAGUCGUCUCUGACGA